AAAUGACGGUCCAUCACGAAUAUAGAUCGUAAGGGAUAGUGGUAAACAUAUCGUUUAGACGGACUGCAGUGAUGAAGAUGACCACGCGAAGCGGAUGCGACAUCACAAAUUUCCCUUUCUUCUAAAACAGCUUCUGCAGCAGAUCAUCCGGCAGCCGAACCUCCGACUCAGAUCAUAUCCUCGCUAUUCUCGUACAACCCUGUGCCAUCCGCUCACAGGGCACCCUUUAAACCAAACAACGCACCAUUAACUAGCUCAGCCACGUUUACAGACCUGGGUCGUCACCCUUUCCUCGCCGCUCACCUGCGUUCUAAGAUGGGUAUCACGAAACCAUUCAACGCGACUGCCCUUCCUAUCUGCACGAUCUCCUCUUUCGAGGACAUAAACACACUGUAUAUCCAUAAAAUCCCAAAGUGGCUCUGGAAAGAUCACUUCAAGAUCUCCUUCCCCUCACUCGCGUGCCAAGCUGUCCAGGAAGUUACUAUCCGUGAAGACGUGCAGAAACUGGCAGGCACCCAAGAGAAGGCCGAGGAAUUGCCUGGAUCGAGACCUGAAACCGAGUCAAUCACCGGAACAUCUAUCGAGAAGUUCACCCCACCGUCACAACUCUCUCAGAAAUAUACACAAGGACAAAAGGGGUCGAAAAUCAGCACAGACUCUGUCGAUUUUCACUGGCGCUUGCUAGAAGAUUCAUCAAAUGGACGCCUGGAGUAUUGUCGCACCCAACGAAUAAGAAUGGGUAAAAUGGGUGCAGGGCAAGAUGCGGGGCGAUAUAACGGGAGACAGUCAACAUCACUCUUGAAGGCGCAAGCAUCGAGGGCGUGCUGGCGAAGGGCUUUGGUGGCAUUAGGCAAAGUCACUGAGUACAAGAACACUGAACUCGCUCGGAGAGAGUUAACUUUGUACAUGAGCAUAUGCGACCCACCCACUCCUCGAAUGAGAAGCACAUCUUUCAUGUUCGACACCUCCACUUCGGACAUCUGCAUGACGUUGGGGCGGCUGUCAAAGAAGGGCAGCAAACUGAUUAGCAGUGGGACAGCCGAGUUUCAGAUUGCACAGGCGCUGCUUUGGGCUCAUUUGUCUACGGCUAUCAUGCACUCAGGGCUAGCGACGUAA